GCAAUUGGGGAAGAAAACAGGCUGUUCCAAGGAGCGUACCGUGCUGUAUUACUACAGCCGUACGAAUAGAGGAGGGUCUUGAGUACUGCGUACUAUCGUACUAUCCAAUGACGGGAAUGAUUCCGUUGCUCCAAUCUAAAGUUGACAGGGAGAGGAACUCGUAAGGCGUGGAACGCUCAAAUCGUGGAACACAACGACCGGCAUUCCUCUUCGUUUCUUCUUUCGUUGAGCAACAUGACAUACGAGUUCCUUAGCCGCAACGCCCACGUUCUUACAAUUUCGGCUUUUCCCACCGGUACGGAAGACAUAGCAGCUAGCGGCAUCAUGGAUGCAAACAUGGACAUGAACCUGGAAGACAAGACUACCGCUGUCGAGCCAGAAGAAACCGCCACAGUCAGCUCGGAAACACUCAUCAGUGCUUCCGAAUCCGAAGAUAGCGCCAAGGACGAAGGAACGAUGGAUAUCACUGGCUCAGAUCAAAAUGGUGAUCCCAUGGAUGUAGAGAAGGAAACACCAUCGUCGACAACCACUACAACGGACGAAGAUGAUGACACGAAGGAUGUAAUUGACCAAAACCGGCUCAUAAGUCUCCUCGAGCAGAGUAAGGAAGGAGAGAGACGAAUCGAAGCGGAGGACAUUCUCCUUUUUAUUGGUGGCACGGGAGCGGGCAAAACUACGACGACGCUCUAUCUAGCAGGUGCAAAGUUUAAGGAAGUAGAAGUCAGAGGAGUUGACCACUACGAACCUUACGAUCUCCCCAACCCCGACCUUGCUCAGUUUGCUGUCUCGGAAAAGGCGACAUCUAUCACGAAGACCAUCCACGCCACGAAAGUAGAGCUCCCUGACGGACGCAUUGUCACGAUUUGCGAUACACCAGGGUUCGGUGACACUAAGGGGGUCGAAAUGGAGAUAUCGAAUGGCCUCGGUAUAAUCCGCGCGCUCCAAAAGACAAAGUCCGUGAAGCCGGUCUUGGUUUUCGACCGAGAAGGCAUGGGGGCAGCUCGAUAUACGAAUCUGCGAAAGACCUUGCAGACAGUCGUCUUGAUGAUGGGCAAGCAGGUUGACUUUUCUUCCUUCGAGUACGUUUUCACUCGGUGCACCCGCAAGCUGUCCAAGAAAAUAUGCAAGCAGCUCGCUGGUUUUCAAGAUGACCUCCGUGAGAAUCCAAGCGACAUUCUCGGCGGAGACGCUUCGGAGUUUGAGAUGCUUGACGCGCUACUCUCUGAUAUGGUUGCCAAAACAACUCCUGAAGCCAUUUUUAUUGAACCAGACGACGAAGAUGAAGCUCCCGAAACGCUCAAGCGUCUCUGGUGCAGCAAUGAGGCUCGAAUUAAAGAUCCCAGAUCUGCGUUCAACGAUUUUGUUUCCAAAGAGUCAGCUGACAAACUGAAGCUUCAGAUCGGCAACAUGCUGCGGCGGCUCGACAAAAUGCUCUCUGGAGGCGACUUUGAGGGAUUUGAAACUACUACGCAGCAACUUGUCAGCCUUUCAAACACUCUGUCGUUCUCUCGGACGGAUGAAGCUGUCAAACAGGCACGUGAGAAGGGUCGCAACCUUGUGCGUGAAAAGUGUGAUCAGAUUCAGGCACUUACAGAGCGCUUGGUUGGAACAUCCGAUGUUGACCAUUUCAAGGAAUUGUCUCAGGAUUUGCAAGAGAAGCUCUCUACUAUGUCCCGUUUGGACUCCAUCAGCGAACUCUGUGAAGUGUCCACAGAUCAGAGACUUGACGCCACGAUCAAGGCCGCCCCAACAAAGAUAUUUGACGGUCUCCUGCGUGGCCUUACCCAGCUUGAAGAAGCCUCAGCAGUCGAAGGCUGGCACAAUGAUCUAAAAAGCAUAGUUCUCCGCAUCGACACUACCGUUGGGGCUCUGCAAGGGUACAUGCCUAUCGACAAACUUAGCCCGAUGUAUGCAUUGUCGGUUCAAAGCGUGUCGAGCUUCGUGGAGCAUCGUCUCAAAUCAAUUCAAGAAAAACUGGAACAUCCAACGUCUUCCGCUCUGAGCGAGUGCAAAGGUACUCUUCUUUCGCUUCGUGAUCUGAAGUUCUUCUUCUUGAAGGGAUCUGGAAGCGCCAAUGUGGAGGCAUUCCGUUCCGACAGUUGGGAGUGGCUGGGCGAAUGCCUUACAGGUAUCUCGGUCUCCCUCGCAGGCCGCUAUGAAGGCAGCAUUGACAAACUCGCUAAACACACGCUCGAAGAAGAUUGCGAGAAAGAGGGAUGGGAGCAAGCACUGUUGGCUUUGAGCAACGACGAAGAGGUAGUCGAGAGCCGAUUGUUUCAUGUCGAAGCAUCUUCAGUUCCGUUCUUUUGCAAGCUUGUCACAAAUGUUAUGGAGAAAGAAGGAGCGAAACCAGGAAGCCAGAUUGUUGCGGACUUCGACGAAGCAUUGACCAAGGCUUUGACAAACUUUGCUGAAUCUGCAGAUGGGUGGGCCAGCCAAAAGCAGCCAGCCUCACAGAAGAAGAGAGCUUUGCAACUUUUGAAAGUCGGGCAAGCAGCGGCGAAAGUAUGCAAGGACCACCGAGUGUCGAAUGUGCCAUCAUUAGAGCAGAUUGGAGAGAAGCUUGUAGGAACCAUGAAAGUGUUAAAGCUUUUCAUCGAAAAGUGCAAUUCAAUGCCUCAACGCCCUGAUGACCUCUUGUAUGGACCAGAAGAGCUAGGUAAGCAGUGGCAUGCCAAGCUAGUGGAGUUGCGGGCCUACAAGAUUAAGCACGGAGACUGCAACGUGCCCCAAAAGCCUUCGUCGCUUGGCAUAUGGGUGAUGCAUCAACGCCUAGAGGCUAAGAAACUGCAGACUGGUAAAAAAACUUCCAUGACUGAUAAAAGGAGGGAAGCUCUGGCAGACCUUGACUUCGAAUGGACAUGCAAAAACAGCAAGAAAGCUAAACGUGAUGCCGCGACGCUUGAGACCCGAUUUGCAGAGCUUCAAGAGUUCAAGGAGGCAAACGGGCACUGCAAUGUUCCGCAAAGAAAUGCAAGAAACAAGGCUCUGGGCCAGUGGGUCCACAAUACGCGCAAAUUUUACUUCAACGGCAAGCUUUCAAAGGAGAAAAUUGCCCGAUUGGAAACUAUUGGUUUCCAGUGGAGGGCCAAAAAAUGA